AGCGGAAGGUUAAAAGCCGCUGAUUGGCGACCAGCAGCUGGUGUUGUUUUCGUGAUUUGCUCGAAGUGUUUGUAGUUUAGUCAAAUCAUGGACGCGCUACAGAGACACAGAUCCUUGUACAAAGGCACGACUCCACCAUGGAAAGAAACAUACCGGAAGCGCUGCGUGGAGCGGUUGAAGAACAGCCGGUCGAGGUUACUGGAGAAGUUCAGACAGACGGGAGAGGAUUCGGGAGGAUCGACGCGCUCGCUGCUCGUGCAGGAGGUGAUGGAGGAGGAAUGGAGCGCAUUACAGUCGUCCAAUCAGAGUCUUCCGUCGCUCUGGAACGGAAACGGCAUCAGAGAUGUGUACGCCGCACAGCAGGAAUAUGACCAACUUUCAGCGUUUGAGGAAAUUCAGCAGGAGCUCAUGGCACAAGAGCUCUUGAUUCUGGAGGAAUAUAACAGCAGCAUGCGUUAUGAAGAGCAGUAUUUAAACUCUGUGUUGGAGGGAAUGGAGGCGUCAGGACAGAUCAUAUGCCCCGUGUGUCACGCGAAUAAUCUGACAGUCAACAGUCAUCUUACAUCGUGUCCGUGUGGUCUUUACGUCAACACACUUGGUAGGAAUGUUACAGCCGAGGUAUUACAGAAUCUACUCGAGCAGCGCAUGACGGAGCACAUGGAGGAUUGUCUUCACAACCCCACCUUCUCUAUGGCCUUCAACACUGACGGAUCACCAAACCUCAUGAUCAGCUGCAAGGUGUGUGACUAUCUGUCUGUCGUCCUGUGAGCCGUUCAUCCACACUGCAGAGAGUCUGAUGGAUGUUUUAAAUGUUGUGAAUAUAUUAUUUCUGUGAAAUAAAGAAUUAUUUUUAGAUUCACUACCCUUAUUUGAGAGUCAUAAUGUAAAAGUUCAGAACUGCAGAUCAAACUCUUGAUUUGUCUGAUCUUGAGUCUGCUAUUGAGUGCAUUUUGUUUUAAAUGCGCAUGCAGCUAUUUAUUUAUCCAUAAGCUGUUCUAGACCGAAUCUCAGGAAGCUGGUCAAGAACAUGCUCUGGUCAUUUCACCUCGAAAUCAGAAAUAAAGCGUAUUUUAGCAAAAUCAUGAUUUUUGUAUAGUGACAAGCACUUCAAAAUCUCAUUUUUGUUUAAAUACUUUUUGUAAGUGAAAUGAAGAGUUUGUCUCAUGUUGGUAUUUGUUGUACUUUAUAGUUGUAUUUUGAAUUUAUGCUGAUUAAAAUAAACAUUGCAGUAAUAUUCAUUGAGUAUCUGUCUAGCCACUAUAUUAAUCUGACUUUGUAUUCAUUUACAUUUUUGCAUUCCAGUAAUGUAUAUAAAUGUUGCACAAUGCAAAACAUCUUAAUGGUUUUUCUCUGUAAAAUAUAAAGCGUCUUUCUUUGGAUUGGUUUGGGUGAAUUAAAAGCUUUUUAAAUAUAACAA